CGUUCGUAUCAAGCGACCGAUACGUUCCGUGGUCGCACAUAUUCGGAAUCGCGUCGACCUUUUGAAAGCUCUUCGCAACGGCCGUACUACCGGACGACGGCGUCACACACGGUCUCCGCGACCAGUCCACCAUCACAUCACAUCUCUCGCUGGUCCAGUAUGCAAAGCGCUGGAACACAAGGACUGUGGCGUGGUGGAAGCUCAAGUGCUGGUCGCUAUGCAACCACAUUGACCAGACAGCAUAUCAAGCGUCAUCGGGAUCCGAUUGAGAUGCUAGUCAAACAUCCGCCUUCGGUUGGUGCUUCCAAAGUGGACCUGGUGUCUAUUGACAACCGUCGAAGCAGCUCACCACAAUUACACUACACAACCACAUUUGAGACUGAGACAAGCACGGAACGUGAACGACGUCUGCAAGACGAACUGAUGUCCACACGUCGUGAAUUGCAGGAAUUGAAACGUUCACGCAGUUUGACAGGCGAUCAUCACCUGUUGUCCCCAUCAAAGCACAAUCUCAAAUCCACUUCGACACAAUAUUUGAAUGAGAGUAGCUGGACAACGCAUACUUUGAAAAAGAACGAUGGGUUACCGUGUGGUGCACGCAUAGCAACCUUGGAGCAGCACAACGACUCCGGAAUUGUUGUUAUUGGUGGUGAGAAGGACGGAGCCAGACGCACAAAUCUCUCCAACGUCGGCCUCGAAUUCCGACAUAUUAUCCCGGCCAUUGAGCAGUCGUCUUACAUGAAAAUCCAACUCGGUCAAUCGCCCCGAUCCUAA